GGGGGCGAUAACGUGCCGUUGAUCCGUGAAUGAGGGAGCAGGAACAAGAGAAGGUGGAACGCAGUAAUUUCCAGAACAAAUGUUUCCGGACGACAUUAUUUUCCUGUGGACAGUGUUGGCUCGCGCUUAACUUUUUUAUUUUGUACUUCUUUCGUCGUGUGAAAAUCAAUGGCUGUACCAGGACCAAAUAAGGACAAUAUCAGAGCUGGAUGUAAAAAAUGUGGAUACGCGGGUCAUUUAACAUUCGAGUGUCGAAACUUUGUGCGAGUUGACCCCCAGAAAGACAUCGUUCUGGACGUAAGCAGCACCAGCACCGAGGAGAGUGAAGACGACAUUCCUGUUCCUCAGAACAGAGAGAAGCUAGCAAGGAGCGGUCAGCAUCAUAAAGGUUCUGACGAUGAUGAUAGAAAAAAGAGGCGUAAAAGGAAGAAGAGCAAGGAGAGAAAGUCAAGAAAAAGAUCAAGUUCAUCCUCAAGUGAUGAAGAAACUCCUAAAAAGAGGAAGAAACGCAGCAGAUCCCAUUCGGCUUCAGACCAAGAGGAGAAGCGCAAGAAGAAGAAAGACGGCCACAAGAAGAAGAGCAAAAAGACCAAAAAGGAACACGGGAAGCAUCACAAGAAGAGACUAAAAAAGAGAAAACAUGCUUCAUCAUCUUCCUCCUCUAGCUCCUCUGACUCCUCAGAAUCUGACUGAAAUGAACAAUAAUGCAGAUUCUGCAUUCGUCUUUAGCAAUUUCUGAUCUGGUUCCAUUCAAAUUUUCAUCGGGUUAAAGUGAGUCUAAAGUCUUUUUUUGGCAAAGUACAGAAGAAAGAAAUAAAAAAUCAGGUGCAUCUUACAGUAACUUAUAGAAUUUCUCUUAUUAAACCCUUUUGUCUUACAUAGAGACUGUUAUUUUUGGGAAAAAAAAUCUACUAAAAGUGAAAGUUAUUUUAUAGUUUUCUGUGACGUUUGAAGUUUUCCCAUCAGACUGUCUCUUUUAGUUGAUCGAGUAAGUCUUCGUAUUUUAGUUAACUUUGUGUUUCACUGGGGUAUCACUAAAGAAAAAGCUGUUUUUUUUUGUUUGUUUGGUUUUUUUUUCUUUUAGUAAAGGGAAUUUUAUGACAAAUGAUUUCCCUAUCAAAUUCUGUAAUUUCUCAAAAUCACCUGGACAUAACUUGAAGCCCAAAUGGUUCCUCAUUUAUCAUGUUUUUCAUUAUUUUCAUUUACUGUCUGAAAUAUUUUAUCUUAGUAAAAUGUACUUUGUUGAGUUUUGUUUGGACAUUGCUUUCUGUCUAACCUCCGGAAGUUAUCAAACAUUUUUCAAAUAUUUUCUCCACUCUUCUAGUUCCAUUUCACAUUUUUACACAGCUGUUUUAACUUAUUUUUAUAAGGAUCUUAAAAAAAAAAUCAGUGAAAGAUGACGAGUAAUAUACAAAGGUAAUGUUCUGUAAUUGUCUGAGCGCUGUGUAGGUGGCAGCUUGCUACAAAAGUUCUGUUCUUGUAAAGGCUUCUUGUAAAAGUUUCCAUAGUUGGAUAAAUGUUUCAUCCUAUCUGAACCUCAAUUUACAUUAAACAGGUUAAAAUCAAGAAGUAGAAAGAGCAGAGUGCAACACAAGACAGAUUAUAAAAACUAUUAUGUUUUCCCAGGUAGAGGGCAGCAACACACUA